AUGGUACGCGUUCGCAGAGUGGUCCCUAAAGACUGGGCUCGAUAUUCACCCAUAGGAAAUGUUAUUCCUCGUACCCGAUUUAUUGUUUUCAAAACUCCUCUUAAUGAUAAGUUAGCUUGUCAGUUACCGAAAGAAAAACGGUUCAACGUGAAUGAUCUUUUCAUGCAGUUAAACAUGCGUGGUCAACGUCUAGGACUUGUAGUUGAUUUGACUGAUACGGAUCGUUACUAUGACAAGAAUGACAUAAUUGGAUUAGGCGUGCAGUACGAGAAAAUCAAUUGUCCAGGAAGAGGAUUUAUCGAGCGAGAUGAAUGCAUCGAAUCAUUUCAUCAGGCAAUUCAAAAUUAUUCCGACAAUUGCGACGAUCAAGAUGCUUUAAUCGGCGUUCAUUGUACACACGGUAUUAACCGAAGCGGCUAUUUAAUUUGUCGGUUUUUAAUUGAACGGCUAGGAUGGAGUUCACAUGAAGCUUUAGAUGCAUUUGAGCAUGCUCGCGGAUAUCCAAUCGAAAAAGGAGCAUACGUGAUGGCUUUACACAAAGCGGCGAAAGAUGUUCGAAAUAGGAGGGUCGAGUCCGAUUCGGAUUCUGAAGGUCGGCGAAAGAAGUCGCGAAAAAAUAAAAGAAAACAUCGAGAGGAAGAGAAUGGUCACAUCAAUAUUAUCAAUGCGUUUUUGGGAGAGCUUGGACAGCAAGUUGCUAGCGUUUCUGGCGCGUUUGAAAAUUCACCGAUUAGUAAUGGAUAUGGAACUCCUGACGAUCAAAAUCCCCAACCCCAACAGCCUCAUUGGGGAUACGCGGUUAAAAAGUCCAAAUAUCAGUCACUCAACCAACCGAACAAUAAUGGAACUCCUGUGGAAAGUAGCCCAUUUGUCGAAGACGAGGAGCAAUAUGACGAUGGUGAAGACGACGGACAAGAUGUUCAAGAUGGUGAAGUCCAGGUCGCAGCGGAUGGUUCAGCUCCUUCGGCCUCGUCAAAACGAAGGGCGCGUCGUCAUAGAAUGCAAAAAAUGCUCGCUGUAAUGAAACGCGGAAACUUUCACGAAAUUCAAGCGAUGCAAGAAGAAGUCGCAACAAAUCAUGGAGCUGCUGCGACACUUUAA